CACUAUGAACCAGAGGACCGGGAGCAGAUUCAACAUGGCGCCUUUCAUAACAAACGCACCGCUGCUGUUAUGCUUCGUUUCAUUUUCGUUGCCGAUCAGCUCAAGUCGACUUCUGUCCGAACCUUGUUACAAACUCAUCAAAGACGACAGACCGGACUCCGUCAGGAGUCGGCCCCGCCCACAUGAGAACGCCAACGCGUCGGACCUCCCCCCGUCGUGGGACUGGAGGAACAUCGACGGGAAGAAUUAUGUCAGCGUCACGCGGAACCAGCACAUCCCCCAGUACUGCGGGUCCUGCUGGGCCAUGGGAGCCACCAGUGCACUAGCUGACCGUAUCAACAUCAAGCGCGGGGGGACGUGGCCGUCGGCCUACCUGUCUGUGCAGAACGUGAUUGACUGCGGGGGGGCGGGCUCUUGUUACGGAGGAGAUCACCUGAGAGUCUACGCCUACGCACACCAGAGAGGAAUCCCUGAUGAAACCUGCAACAACUACCAGGCCAAAAAUCAAAAGUGUGAGCAGUUCAACCAGUGUGGCACCUGUUCCUUCUUUGAAUCGUGUGCCGUGGUGAAGAACUACACCGUGUGGAAAGUGGGCGACUACGGCGGCGUUUCUGGGAGGGACGAGAUGAAAGCGGAGAUUCACACCAACAGGCCCAUCAGUUGUGCCCUGAUGGCCACCGAGGGCCUGGAGGAGUACAGAGGAGGGAUCUUCUCAGAGUUUCACCCGCUGUCUCUGCCCAAUCACAUUGUCUCUGUGGCUGGGUGGGGAGUAGCCGAGGACCAGACCGAGUACUGGAUCGUCAGGAACUCCUGGGGAGAGUUUUGGGGAGAACACGGCUGGGCAAGAAUAGUGACCAGCGCCUAUAAAAGAGGAAAAGGAAAUUGGUUCAACCUGGGUAUUGAGAAAAACUGUGCCUUCGGAGACCCGGUUGUCACAUAGUUGUCACUAAUAUAGUUGAAACACAACAGCUUUGUCACCGCUCGCUAUUUGUUUUGCACAUUGAAACUGAUUUUGAUAAAGAAGACAUUGUGUUGGCAAAUGCAUUUUUUUUUCUUCUAUUUGUAUUGCGCCAAACUAUUUCUUGGACAUGAGCUGUUACUUUCUGGAGUCACUGCUGGUUGCCAGGCAACUAGUCAAAUUUUAAACAAAUUAGAAGCAACAUGUAAAAUGGUGAACUUAAAAUGACUGAGUAACUUUUGGAUGUAGACACGCGAGCUGUUACAGGCUUUAUGCUAAGCUAAGUUAACCAGGGGCUGGUUGCAGCACCAUAUUUACCCUACAGACUGUUUUCGGUCUUUUUUAACCCCUCUAUCUUUCUUCAACUUUCUUUUGCAAGCUUAACAACAUUCAGACACUGAAUUUAAAUACAUAUUCCAACACAGAAUAAUAACAACCACAUAUCAUUUGUAAUGCCCUGCAAAGCCAGAAGGUAUAAACUGGAUAGAUUACCGGCUUCUCCUGAAUUCAAUUUUAAACUCAAAAUAUCUCAGUAUCAUAGGCAAAUAAACACAGUGCGCUGGUUCUUUAAGAUCCAUUUUAUAACUCCUUUAAAUGGAGGACGAGCUGAUUUAAAUUCAGUUCUAUGAAACAGCGUUGAGAGGUCUUAGGAAAGGGGAGCUUACAUAACAUCUGUGCAAACAUCUCAUAAUGAGGUUCUGGUGGCUGAGACAUCCAGAGGUAACGUGAAUCCACAAUGGUUUGGACCCAGUAUCACAGAGAACCAGCAGAUGCUUAAACCACUUUCCCCAAAACACAAACGGAGGGUUAUUUUUCCAGACAUCAUUUGUGGAAAUGUCCCACCCGCUUAGUUGCUUCGUUAAUGAUAGGGGGAUAUUUUCUGUUAAUAGAUAGCUGAUCCAAGUAUCCUUCAUGUGGCUGCAUGGGUUAAUCUUCUUCCUGAGAUCAAUGUGUAUUAAUCACUGAAAACACGGUCCGACUCUUCAGUUGAAGUGAGCCUUACUCAAAGCUGCACCAGACGUACAAACACACAGAAGACCGCCUCUGGCCUCCCACAGCAAUCCUCUGAGUUACCAAUGUUUACUGAAUAGCAACCUAAGAACAGACUUGUUCUGACUAUUGUCAGAAUAGCGACUCAAGGCGUGGACUCAUUGGUAGUUAAAUCUGACCCGAACUUAAAGCGGGAUUUAAGUGUGAAUGAGUCCAAAUCAGGAAUGUGACUGUGGUUUCUUGGUUUUAGUUCUUUCUCCUUAAUGCUGCUCUGUUAAUCAGUUACAGGGGUUAAAACACAGCUGCACAUUUGAAACUCUUCAUGUCCUCUGAGGCUGUAGUGAGAGGAGCAAAGGCCGGCUGAACAUCUGGAGGGGUGCAGAGCUUUGGGUCUCCACCCUUCUUUUUUUUGGGUGGGGGUUUAGGCAACAAAAAAAUGGAUCGUUCAUGAUCACAAGUGUGAAAAGCGAGAUGCCUGUAAUCACGGUGUCAUGCGUCAGUUUCCGCUCUGAGCUGCUGUUGCAGGACUCUGCUUUUAACUCCUGCAGCUUCCUCAUUCUGCACAAGUCAAAUCUUUCAGGGUGACGACAGGAUGUGAGUUAAGGGGCCCAGCUAAGCAGAGCAUAGAAGGAACAUGCAUAACCGGUGAAUGCAGACCGACCGGUUUCAGCAGCGAGCUGAAGGCUGUUAUUACAACAGUUUGGUUGUGGGAGUUUCCUGUGAGGCUCCAACUCCUCUGUGGUUGUAGUUUCAUGGCUGCACACACACACACACAAGCAGUCUUCUGCUGAUGGGAUUCCUGGUCUUAAUCACUUAAUCUCAUUUGGCCCAGUGGUAUUGGCUCCUGUCCGUAUUUUAGUAUUUGUGGGGAUGGAUGCCACAUGUACCCCUGAUCAGAUGUAUCGGUAGUCCUAUUGUUUACCGAAUUAUGAAUUGGCUUCCUAUAACUUUUAAUUAAGUGGUUUUUAAAAUAUGUAUCAUGUUUUGCAUUCCUCAACCUCGCGUGAAAUAAUAAGUCAAGUUAGCAGGUGUUAGCAAGAUAGAUACCGGAAGUAGAUUCAAAGAUUUAGGUAAUUUUUCAUUUUGAAAAAAAGAAUGAGAUUAACAAUAAGUCGUGGUAAUAGAAUGUUAGAGAGUGUGUAACAUAACAUUUUAUGUUAGGACAUAAUAUUAGUGACUGCACAUUAAUAUAUCAAUGACUGUCAAAUAUAUUUAUGAAAUGUGCCUUGUUCUUUAUAAUUUGUAGAUAAGUAUACUUACAUUUUUUGUGUUUUAGGGAAAAUUUUAAGUGCAGAACUUCUACUCAAAAUCUCACAACUAAUGUUAUUUUACAGCUUUUAUUCUUUUAAAGUACUGUGCAUAUUGUUUGCAUGCUCUAUAUGUUACAGUUGUCUGUAGUUUUCACAAAUGGUGGAAGAAAUAGAACUCUUACUUAAAAGUCA